AAGCUCCCUUUCCACAAAUGUUUGGAUUCUCACUCCACCCCGCGGGCCUUCGGCCGUGCUGCCCUGCCAUUGGCUGAUCCAGACAUCAUAUGCAAAUUUGCAACGCGAGGAGGCGGGGUCUAGACAAGAGCCUACGAACAUGACGUCACGCGGCAGAGUGGCAACUGACACACGGAGAAAAGAAACGGGAGUGAAAACUGGGAAGGGGAGCGCGAGAUGAAAAGAAAGCAAAGAACAUAAGAGAGAGAGAGAGAGAGUGUGUGUGUGUGUGUGUGAGAGAGAGAGAGAGAGAGGAGGUGAAGAAGAAGGGAAAAAAAGAGAAGAGAAGAAAGAAAAUUGGAGAAGAGGGAGAAAUAAAAAGAGGCGCGUGCAGCUGGUUUGUGACAGGGUGGAAGAGAGAGAGAUAAAGGGAAAGAGAGAGGUAGACUGUGUGUAUAUGCGAGAAAGGAGGGGGUGACGGUGACAGGGAGGGAGGGAGAAAGUGAGAGAGAGUUUGUGUGUGAGUGUGUGUGUGUGUGUGAGUGAGAGAGAGAGAGAGAGAGAGAGAGAAAGAUGGCUACAGUGGCGGCGAGCGGAGUGCAGCAGGAGAAUGGCUUCAGCACCGCGAACAGCUCCAGCAGAAUGAACGGCAUUGCUCUCGGUCAGAGCUCCAUACCCAUGAAGGACCACGACGCCAUCAAGCUGUUCGUGGGUCAGAUCCCACGCAACCUGGAAGAGAAAGACCUCAAGCCGCUCUUUGAGGAAUUCGGCAAGAUCUACGAACUCACCGUGCUCAAAGACAGAUUCACGGGAAUGCAUAAAGGAUGUGCCUUUCUAACUUACUGUGCCAGGGAGUCUGCGCUGAAGGCCCAGAGCGCUCUACAUGAGCAGAAGACUCUGCCUGGGAUGAACCGACCCAUCCAGGUGAAGCCGGCAGACAGCGAAGGACGGGGAGAAGACCGGAAGCUCUUUGUGGGGAUGUUGGGGAAGCAGCAGAGCGAGGAGGAUGUGCGCAGGCUCUUUGAGACGUUUGGCCAGAUUGAGGAGUGCACCGUGCUCCGGGGGCCUGAUGGGGCCAGUAAGGGCUGUGCCUUUGUCAAGUUUUCCAGCCAUGCAGAAGCGCAGGCAGCCAUCAACAGCCUGCACGGUGGUCAAACCAUGCCGGGUGCGUCCUCCAGCUUGGUAGUGAAGUUUGCCGACACGGAUAAAGAGCGGACCCUGCGCAGGAUGCACCAGAUGGCGGGCCAGCUUGGCAUCUUCAGCCCCAUGACUAUCCAGUUCGGGGCCUAUGGAGCCUACACACACGCUCAGAUGAUGCAGCAGCAAGCGGCGCUCAUGGCUGCCACACAGGGCUCCUAUCUCAACCCCAUGGCGGCCAUCGCAGCCGCUCAGAUGCAGCAAAUGGCAGCUUUCAACGUCAACGGCCUGGUAGCUGCCCCAAUGACGCCCUCUUCAGGCACCAGCACACCUCCAGGCAUCAGUGCCGCAGCAGUGCCCAGCAUCGCUGCUCCAAUCGGGGUGAAUGGCUUCAGCGCACUGCCUCCUCAAAGCAACGGCCAGCCAGCCUCUGAACCCAUCUAUACCAAUGGAAUUCACCCCUAUCCAGCACAGAGUCCAACAGUGACCGACCCUCUCCAGCAAGCAUACGCCGGCGUGCAACACUAUGCAGCAGCCUAUCCUGCCGCCUAUGCGCCAAUCAGCCAAGCGUUUCCCCAGCAACCAGCCAUCAUCCCCCAGCAACAGCGUGAAGGGCCUGAAGGCUGUAACCUGUUUAUCUACCACCUGCCGCAGGAGUUUGGGGACGCUGAGCUCAUGCAGAUGUUUCUGCCCUUUGGCAACGUCAUCUCUGCCAAAGUCUUCGUGGACCGGGCCACCAAUCAGAGCAAGUGUUUCGGCUUUGUGAGCUUUGAUAACCCAUCCAGCGCUCAGGCUGCCAUUCAGGCAAUGAAUGGUUUUCAGAUUGGCAUGAAGAGGCUCAAGGUCCAGCUGAAGCGGCCAAAAGAUGCCAACCGCCCUUAUUGAUUGCACCAACAUCCACAUCCAGGAUGAAGGAUGACAACACCUUAUUUUCACAAGUGCAGUAUAAGUACAAAAGACUUCUCCGCUCUGCCACACGAAAGAAGAGUGGUCCCUUGAUUCUGUGGGAAAAUUGCCGAGAGAUGUGAGACUAGGUGACUGAAGGAACAAGGAGGGAUUUUUUUUUCUUUUUUUCUUGGCUAAAUAUUUCCUUUUUUAUUUACUCGCUUUGGCAUCGCAAACCUGUGGAAGCCGAUUUUGCAGAGACCAACUUUUUUGCUGCUGUUUUUUAGUCAAGAUGGAGAAAUAUUUAUAGAUACAUUAUGCUCAAAGCAUGCAUAUACAGAUAUACAAUCACACAUGCAGUCAAACACACGUAUCUAUCUCUCUCACACACACACACUCACACACACACACACACGCAAAACUAGACAAAUUUACAGACACAAACCCUUUGCACUUAGGCUGAUGCAUAAAUGCACUGCAAAAAAUUCAUAUUUUGGAUACUGGUUAAUACUGAUAUCUCUAUUUGUAAAUCCAUAUGAAUGCGCACACACACACACACAUACACACAGACACGCAUACACGCACACACGCGAACGCACACACACACACACACACACACCAGCCUGCUGCCAUUUUGGUUUUUGUGCCUAUACAGGUGUUGUAGUCUGUGCCAGGGAAAGCUCUGGAAAGAUGGAAGAGAAAAUGGUAAUCCAGGAUUAUUUACAUGCAUCAUUCCUUAGAAAAUAGGGACCAAAGGACUACAUGCUUUUUAAAAGAAUAUAAAUAUAUAAAUAUAUAUA